AUGCUGGGGCGAUAUGUUACCAUUUCACUCAGCCGAACAGGAAUUAUAACUCUGUGUGAAGUAGAGGUCUACGGCCGUGUUGUUCAUGAAGAUGUUUGUGGAAAUCCGAUUUCGCUGCUGGGACUCUUUCGCAACAUUGACUACUCUUACACCGGAUUCCCAGGUUUUCCGCGUUGCGAUUCUGCUUGGGCCGGAAGGUGGGUGCGUUUCCAGGGGAUCGUUGGGGAUGUUAUACCCGAAUCCUGUGUUGGAGCGUGCUGCUCUGGUUCACUUUCCUCCGCUUACCUGGGGUUCACUCACCCACAACUGGGGGAGGACAUCAAACAGGGCACCACACUUAUCAGGUCAUCAGUGAACUGCCUUGCCUCCACUGUCGUGGGGAUGCGAGUUCUGGCUUGUCCCGGAGGGUACUACGUUUACCGUCUGCCGCCUGUACUGUGUCCAGUUACCUUCGCUGUUCGUCACCGCAACUGUACCUCAACCUCCUGUGGACCAAAUGCGGAGUGUACCAGUUCUGGAGGCUGUGUCUGCGUUCCAGGAUAUGAGAUACCUGUGAAUGCUCUGCCAACUCCAGAGUCUCUCUGUUUUGAUAUUGAUGAGUGUGAAGAUGACCCCAUCAUCUGUGGCCCCAACGCUGACUGCAUCAACACUCCUGGGAGUUACACCUGCCCCUGUCACGAGGGGUACAGUGUACAAAUUAUGCCAGGCUCCAUAGCCAGCACCUCAAAUCCCUGUGAAGAUGUGGAUGAGUGUGUCCAAAACCCAUGUGGCAUCAACACAGAUUGCUACAACACUGUAGGAAGCUUCUACUGCGUCUGCAUGGAAGGGUACAUUUCCUCCACUGGAUUGAUCUGGGUGUCUGGGACUAGUGUGUGCCUAAGUGCACAGGAAUAUCUUGCCUCUCUAACUCCUCCAGAGGGACAGACACGUGAGAUGUUCUUCCUAAACAAUAUCAACGAGGAUUUGGAGGGCAACCCUGAUCUUGUUCUGUCUGAGGAGACAGUGGCUGCUGUCCUGAGCACGACCCUCUCCGUCACAGGCGUUAUGGAGCCAAAAGAUGGCGACUCGGAGACAGCCAACGUUGUCCUGAAAGUCUUAGAGGGGCUGGUGUCCUCCCUUUUUGACCCCGAGUCUCAGGAAAAUAAUACGGUGUCUCAGAAAACUAUGAAGACAGCAGCUGUAGAAAUGAAUUCAGUGAGCCUUAGCGGGAAUGCGACUGAGAUGCCUGCUCUCCUUGCCAAGGGAAACAUGAUGACAAUCAAUCUUGCAGCUGUUGCUAAAAAUAACAACGGAUCCGCUUCCGCUGCUCUGAUGUCCGUUGAUGGGAUGGAGAAGUUCAUGAGUCCCAGUUUCUUCAAAAGUGAAAAUAUCACAGAGAUGUAUUCUGACAUCAUCACUGCCACACUGCCUAAGACGCGACAGAAGGAGCUCCCUGAGCCAGUCAACUUCACUAUGCACCACAAGAAGGAGACGUUCCAGGCUGGGCUGGUUACCUGUGUGUACUGGAAGGAAAAUGGGAAUGAGACACACUGGUCAGAGGACGGGUGCACAGCAUCCUUCUCCAAUGAGAACCACACUGUAUGCAGCUGUACCCACCUUUCCACCUUCGCCCUCCUCCUGCAGACGGGGGGACAGGAAGAGGAUGAUCCUCUGCUGGAGAUGGUGGACCUGUUCUGUAUGUGUGUGGGUCUGGCCUUCCUCGCCCUCGCCAUCCUCACUUUCCUACUGUGCACAUGGAACCCUAAGGUCAACAACACCGCCCGCCUCCACCUCUGCAUCUGCCUCUUCUUGGGUCACCUGCUCUUCCUGGUGGGCGUGUCUCGCACUGAGAAUGCUGUGGUCUGUGCAGUCAUUGCAGGCUUGCUGCACUUCAUCUUCCUGGCGGGCUUUGUGUGGAUGUUGCUGGAGACUGUGCAGCUGUUCCUGCUGGUCAGAAGCCUGACCAAAGUACAGGUCAUCCAGAAGGAGGGGCUGAAGACACUGUACCUCCUGCUGAUUGGCUACGGAGCUCCCACGGUGGUGGUGGGAGUGUCUGCAGCAGUGUUUCCAGGCGGUUAUGGCAGCAAAGACAGUUGCUGGUUAAAACAAGAAAAAAAUUUCAAUUGGAGUUUUAUUGGCCCAGUCGUUGCCAUUCUCACACUCAACUUGGUCUCAUUUGGUGUGAUCCUCUGGAGCCUGCAGCCUACGCUAGCCAACAUGAAGAGUGACGUUUCCCAGUCAAAAGACACCAGACUGAUUAUCUUCAAAAUUGUUGCCCAGUUUUUUGUUUUGGGGUGUGCCUGGAUCCUGGGAUUUUUCCAGAGCAGCACUUUAUUAAAAUACCUCUUCAUCAUCCUGAACUCACAGCAGGGCACCUUCAUCUUCAUCGUUCACUGUCUGCUCAACAAAGAGGUGCGAAAGGAGUACAGGAGGUGGUUCUCAUGUCUGUUUAGAAAAGAGGGACCGUCAGGAGACAAUGCUACUAAAGACACUGUGAGCGAUGCAUCCCAACCCACAAAAGACAUGGACAAGUGAUUCGGAAGGAAGGUGCAGCAUCGGGAAUCCAAGGGGACUAAAUGCAACAUUUGUGAGCAUCUCUGCCAAACUCCAGUUGUAAUGACUAAUCCUGGCGUCACCAUGCUGUGACACAAUGAGAAGUCACAGUUUGCUGUGAAUAUGAAAUGAACAUAUAACACACGCACAACUAGGAGUGAUGCACAAUGUUAGUUAUUCAGUCAUAUAGAUUGAAUUAUAGAUAUAGCUGCAUAUGCUUGAAUUGGUAAUUGGAAUUGGUAAUUAGUCACAUGGAAAUAUUUUUGUUUCACAAGUUUAGUAACACAGGAUAAACAGUUGUCAGAGAA